GGAGGCGGAGGGGAGGAAGGCGGGCUCGACGGCCGCGCGCGCGCGCUCUGCUGCUCGUCCCGGUCGCCAGCGCUCCACCGUGCACAUUGCCGGACACAAGGACACGUGACCAUCGGAAAUAUGAAGAACCCAUUUGCACAUCUGGCUGAGCCCUUGGAUCCUGCACAACCAGGAAAGAAAUUCUUUAAUUUAAAUAAAUUGGAGGAUUCAAGAUAUGGACGCUUACCGUUUUCUAUCAGAGUUCUCCUGGAGGCAGCCAUUCGGAACUGUGAUGAGUUUUUGGUGAAGAAAAAUGACAUUGAAAAUAUUCUAAAUUGGAAUGUCAUGCAGCAUAAGAACAUAGAAGUGCCAUUUAAACCUUCCCGUGUCAUUCUGCAAGAUUUUACGGGUGUGCCAGCUGUAGUUGACUUUGCUGCAAUGCGUGAUGCCGUGAAGAAGUUAGGAGGCGAUCCUGAGAAAAUAAACCCCAUCUGUCCUGCUGAUCUUGUAAUUGAUCAUUCCAUCCAGGUCGAUUUCAGCAGAAGGGUAGACAGCUUGCAGAAGAAUCAAGACCUUGAAUUUGAAAGAAAUAAAGAACGAUUUGAGUUUUUAAAGUGGGGUUCCCAGGCUUUUCGAAACAUGCGGAUUAUUCCUCCUGGCUCAGGAAUCAUCCACCAGGUGAAUUUGGAGUAUUUGGCAAGAGUGGUAUUUGAUCAGGAUGGAUAUUAUUACCCAGACAGCCUCGUGGGCACAGAUUCGCACACUACCAUGAUUGAUGGUUUGGGUGUUCUUGGUUGGGGUGUGGGUGGAAUUGAAGCAGAAGCUGUCAUGCUGGGUCAGCCAAUCAGCAUGGUGCUUCCCCAGGUGAUUGGCUACAGGCUGAUGGGAAAGCCUCAACCUCUGGUAACAUCAACUGACAUUGUGCUCACCAUCACCAAGCACCUCCGCCAGGUUGGAGUUGUUGGCAAAUUUGUUGAGUUCUUCGGGCCAGGAAUAACCCAGCUGUCCAUUGCUGACCGAGCUACAGUUGCCAACAUGUGUCCAGAGUAUGGAGCAACUGCUGCAUUUUUCCCAGUUGAUGAAGUUAGUAUUAAGUAUUUGGUACAAACAGGUCGAGACGAAAACAAAGUAAAGCACAUGAAAAAGUAUCUUCAAGCUGUAGGAAUGUUUCGAGAUUUCAGCAACCCCUCUCAAGACCCAGAUUUCACCCAGGUUGUGGAAUUAGAUUUGAAAACAGUAGUACCUUGUUGCAGUGGACCCAAAAGGCCUCAAGAUAAAGUUGCUGUGUCUGACAUGAAAAAGGACUUUGAGAGCUGCCUUGGAGCCAAGCAAGGAUUUAAAGGAUUCCAAAUUGCUCCAGAACAUUAUAGUGAUCAUAAGACGUUUAUCUACAAUAAUAAUGAGUUCACCCUUGCUCAUGGAUCUGUGGUAAUCGCUGCCAUUACUAGCUGCACAAACACCAGUAAUCCGUCUGUGAUGUUAGGAGCAGGAUUGUUAGCAAAGAAAGCCGUGGAUGCUGGCCUGAAUGUGAAGCCUUACAUCAAAACCAGCCUGUCUCCUGGAAGUGGUGUGGUCACCUACUACCUGCGAGAAAGUGGAGUCAUGCCUUAUCUGUCUCAGCUUGGGUUUGACGUGGUGGGCUAUGGCUGUAUGACCUGCAUUGGCAACAGUGGGCCCUUACCUGAACCAGUAGUGGAAGCCAUCACUCAGGGAGACCUAGUAGCUGUUGGAGUGCUAUCUGGGAAUAGAAAUUUUGAAGGUCGUGUCCACCCCAACACUCGGGCCAACUAUUUAGCAUCUCCUCCCUUAGUAAUAGCCUAUGCCAUUGCUGGGACCAUCAGGAUCGACUUUGAGAAAGAGCCGUUGGGGGUAAAUGCAAAGGGACAACAGAUAUUUCUGAAAGAUAUCUGGCCAACUCGAGAUGAGAUCCAGGCAGUGGAGCAGCGGUUUGUCAUCCCUGGGAUGUUUAAGGAGGUCUAUCAGAAAAUAGAGACUGUGAAUGAAAGCUGGAAUGCCUUAGCAGCCCCAUCAGAUAAGCUGUAUCUGUGGAAUCCCAAAUCUACAUACAUUAAAUCACCACCAUUCUUUGAAAACUUGACUUUGGAUCUCCAGCCCCCCAAAUCUAUAGUGGGUGCCCACGUGUUAUUAAAUUUGGGAGAUUCAGUAACAACUGAUCACAUCUCUCCAGCUGGAAAUAUUGCAAGAAACAGCCCUGCUGCUCGCUAUUUAACUAACAGAGGCCUAACUCCACGAGAAUUCAACUCUUACGGCUCCCGCAGGGGUAAUGAUGCCAUCAUGGCACGGGGAACAUUUGCCAACAUUCGUUUGUUAAACAAAUUUUUGAACAAGCAGGCACCACAGACUAUACAUCUCCCUUCUGGAGAAAUUCUUGAUGUGUUUGAUGCUGCUGAGCGAUACCAGCAAGCAGGCCUUCCCCUGAUUGUUCUGGCUGGCAAAGAGUAUGGCUCAGGCAGCUCCCGAGACUGGGCAGCCAAAGGCCCUUUCCUGCUGGGAAUCAAAGCUGUUCUGGCUGAGAGCUAUGAGCGCAUUCACCGCAGUAACCUGGUUGGGAUGGGGGUAAUCCCCCUCGAGUAUCUCCCUGGUGAAAAUGCAGACUCUCUGGGACUCACAGGGCAGGAACGAUACACUGUCAUCAUUCCAGAGAACCUCAGACCACAAAUGAAAGUACAGGUUAAGCUGGAUACUGGGAAGACCUUCCAGGUUGUCAUGAGGUUUGACACUGACGUGGAGCUCACUUAUUUCCACAAUGGGGGCAUCCUCAACUACAUGAUCCGCAAGAUGGCCAAGUAGGCCCUCAUUUCCUAGAGAGCUGCAUUUGGUGCUGCACCUAGGGAGGCACCAGCCACCCAGCCAGCAGAGGCCCUGGUGAAGAAGCCGCUCUUCUUCUGCACAGGGUGUUGCCUUGAACACAACAACUGAGCGCUGCGGUUUGGGUGCCAUUCCUGGAGGCCCGAAGCCAGAAGUUCCUACAUUCUCUAUUUUUGUUAAUUGUUUAUCUUUUUCUAGAAUUUGGAAGCUAGAAUUGUGGGAAGAUCAGUAGUGCCAGAAAAAGAGCUGGUUUGUCUUUGAAGUUGCUGAUCACAGGACAUUGAUUUUCUACUCUUACUUAAUUAAACUUCAGCUGAACACUAGCAAGUAUUUUCAGAAGGGUCUCCUACCCUUUUCAUUGUUUUUCUCUGUUACCUUCUGCUCACUGAAGCCCUUCCCUUGAACUUUUCCUUUGUAUGUUUUAUCAGUGAUAACUGACAUAAGUAGGUAAGAACUUUUUCAUACUUCAAAUCAUAGUACUGAUUUGGUGGACAGGCCAAACAUUGAAAUUUCUUGAUUACAGACCUUUUAGUAGAUCAACAUAAAAAAAUGUUUUUCUCUAUCUUCAAAAUUUUUUUCCAGAAAAUAUUUCAUCAAGGGGAAAUCAAAAUAUUCCAUGAAGGGGAAACUUUGGAGGUGGUUUGGGAGGAAAACAGAACACUUCUGAUUUGAAUAAGAUUAAAUAUAUUUUCAUGGAAAAUUUGUUGUCUUUGGAAUUGAAUUGUGCUGGUGAUAGUUUUAUAUAUUUACAACAUAUGAUCCUGAAACCUGGAUGACUUUCAUGUUCUGUUUGUACAGCCACAUCUGAACUGUGUAGGUACAGUGGAAGUGUUGAGGAACCAAUGUAUUACCUGCCCUGUUUGGGAGCAGCAGAUAAGAAGGAAGAAUAACCUGAUAGUAGUAGCAAGGCAGUAAAUAUGGUACACAGAUCCUAGCCUUUUCAUGUUCUGAAGUUUAUUUGCUCAUUUCCAUCAUUAAAGUCGUUUAGGGCAUAUCUGGCUACCAUAAAAUACCACAGGCUGAGUGGCCUAAUCAACAAAAAUUUAUUUUCUCGUAGUUCUGGAGCCUGGAAGUUCAAGUCUGGUUUCUUGUGAGCACUCUUCUAGCUUGCAGGUGGCCUUUCCUCCUUAUAUGCAACAGAAGAGGGAGGAGAAAGAAUUAGCUCUCUUGUAUCGUUUCCUAUAAGGACAUUAAUUGUGUAGGAUAAGAGUCUCAUCCUUAUGACCUUAUUUAACUUUAAUAUUUUUCUCAGAUUUUUUUUUCUGCAUGCUAUUUUAGGGGUUAGGGCUUCAACACUGGACUUUUUAGAGGACACAAACAUUCAGUCCAUAACAUGACACCUUAUAAGGUUAAUCUCCUUGCGAUGAUUAUUUUAAACUUAUUCACAUUUUACUAUAAGGUUAGCAACACUGACAGAUAAUCAAAGUAUUAUUAGUUCCACUGUACACAUUAGAAAAGUUAAAUAACAAGUCAUAAAUCUAAUAAAUGAAAAGUACCAGGACUUCAAAGCUGACUUUCUUAAUCCAAAACUAGAAACUUUCCUAAAUUUCUAAAGUUCACAUCUGGAAUGGGUCUUACCAAUUUGUAGAUCAUGUAUUAACCCCUUUAAAUUUCUCCAUGUCUUUCUCUGCAAUCAGUCUGCUACUGUCCUCUUGAACUCAUUCUGUGAGCUCACCUCCUAUGCCCUGGGCACUCUGUAGCUGUGUGAGCACCAGAGAGCUAAGGAUGUCAGCCUAGCACCAGGUGCGUGGUCUGUCAGCCUUGGCGCCAACCCAGCCAGUGCUUCUAUUAUGGAUCUAAAUGGAAUUUGGGGGUGGGGGUUGUUUUUGUUUCUUUUUGCUUUGUAUCUUUUAAUUGUUUUUGACAAAUAAAAAUUGUAUUUACUGUAUAAAACAUGAUCCUUUGAAGUAAUUGUAG